AUGCCGAGGUUUGCUCAUCUUCGGAGCGACUUUGCUAUAACUGCAAGGAACCUGGUAUAUACAUCACCUGAUGCGUUACCGCGCAACUGCCCAACCCCAAACGCCCAGGGUGCUGCUCCUGCUCCUGCCCCUGGUCCCGGCCCUGCUGCUGGCCCUGGUGCUGGCCGCGGUGGCCAUGCUUCCCGUGGAAACUUUGGCGGAUCUUUCCGUGGUGGUUUCGGAGGAUAUCCUCGUGCUGCCACCUGCUACAAGUGUGGCGGACCAAACCACUUUGCUCGCGACUGCCAGGCUCAGGCCAUGAAGUGCUACGCCUGCGGUAAACUAGUGAGUAACUGA